UCUCUCUCUCUCUUAAAACCAUAACCUUUGAACUCACUCUGUAUUUCUAUAAGGGAGCAGCAAAGUUGGGUUUGUCAGAUUGGCGUGCUUUUACAUUAUAUAAAGAGAGAAAGAGAGAGACAGGUCUUUGUUCUCAACUGGGUUGCCUUUACUUUCUGCGUAAGAGCUUUAACUACCACCAAAAGAGAACCUUUUCUUUGUAAUUAAAAAGAAAAACAAUAUUAAGGGUACAAAUUAAAAUUAAAAUUAAUUUAUGGGAUUUGUGUUUUGAGGGAAAUUAUGAGGAUAUAUAGAAAAAGUUGGUGUUGGUGAUGGUGGGGGCGUUGGUGCUGAUUCAAAGGGUCAGGGGUAGAGAGAGAGAAAGAGAGAAUGAGAGAGUGGGAACAGUCUUAAGAGCUUGGCUUUUUGCGUUGAGUUGUAGGUGUGGUGGUGGCUGUCAAAGAUGAGAAACAGCUCAUCUUUUUGAAUGGGGUGUAUUUUGUUCUUCUUUUCAUUUUUCAGUCUUUGCUUCUGCUCUUGUGGGGUUUCUCUGAGGAUUUAGUGUUCGUGCAGUGAACAUUGUGUUUGUUUGUCGUGCUCCCCAGAUGUUAGAUUCUUGGUACUUGACACAACUGAUAUUGGAGAAGAACUCUCAUGUCAGAUCACCAUUAUUGCCACCUUCAUAUUUCUUAGGUGGGCUCUGUACUCUUCUUCUUCUACUACUCCUCCUUUUUCUCUGAGUUCAACUGUUUUUGUUUAGGCCCUGUUCAUAUUUUGUUAAUCCCUUGUCCUUUUGACAUUUCAUGCCACCGAUUUGUUUGUAAAAAUCAACUCAUUUCUCUUCUUUUGCACCAUUUCUGAGGGUGUUUUGGCUUGCACACUGAGACAGGAUAGCCAGCCAGGUAUAAAAAGAGAUUAUAGCAUUAAAGGAAUGAGGGUUAUGUGGGUUUUGGGCUGUGAAACUUUGUGAAGGGGAAAAGGUCCUUGUUUUGGUGUUUGAUUUCGUUGGCAAAACCAAGCAAAAGUAACUCUACUAUAAACAAUUAGUAAAGGGUCGGUUGUGUCAGUUUGAGCAAGUGGGGGUGUCUCUGAUAUUGAGUUUUAUAUACAAAUACAAGUCUCUUUGGUUAGUCAUUUGGCACUUGGCAGUGUCUCCUAAGCUAAGCUGAUCUCUCUUGCCCGGACUCCUUGGGCUGUGUUACCAGCUGGGGAAGCAUCCUCUUAUUUUGGUCUCUUCUCUUUCAAGUGAAGAUUUCAUUAAAAAAAUCCUUAUACCAUUUUCUCUCUUUCCUUGGUCUGUGGGAAAGAUUCGGUCAUACUAAGAGAAACAAAUACAGAUACAGAGUUUUUAGGAUCCAUUUUUAUUUCUAUCUUAAUCUCCAGAACUAUUCAACCCUUCAAUACCUCCUUUGAGAGUCUUCUUGCAUUAAUUUUAGUUGGUGUUGUGGUUAACUUAUAAACUGUUUGAGGCUCUUUAGAAGUUGAUAUUCAACCUCUUUAGGAAGUCAGAGAAUCAGAUCUUUUCCUUGCCAAAAAUGAAGUUUAUGAAACUUGGAUCUAAGCCUGAUUCUUUUCAGACUGAUGGAGACAAUAUUAGGUAUGUGGCAACAGAGCUGGCAACUGACAUAGUCAUUAAUGUUGGAAGUGUUAAGUUCUAUCUACACAAGUUUCCCCUGUUGUCGAAGAGUCCCCGCUUGCAGAAACUGGUUUCAAACACAAAUGAAGAAAACAGUGAUGAGAUUAACAUUCAUGAUAUUCCGGGCGGUCCUGCUGCUUUUGAAAUCUGCACAAAAUUCUGCUAUGGUAUGACAGUAACACUAAAUGCCUAUAAUGUGGUUGCAGCUCGAUGUGCAGCAGAGUACCUUGAGAUGUACGAAACUGUUGAGAAAGGAAAUCUCAUAUACAAGAUUGAAGUAUUUCUCAACUCCAGCAUAUUUAGAAGCUGGAAAGACUCCAUUAUUGUUCUUCAGACUACAAAGUCUCUUUUCCCGUGGUCUGAGGAACUUAAAGUUAUCAGCCAUUGUCUUGAUUCUGUUGCUUCAAAGGCCUGCAUUGAAACUUCCAGGGUGGAGUGGUCUUAUACCUAUAACAGAAAGAAGCUCCCAUCUGAGAAUGACCCUCUAUGGAAUGGUGCUAGAAAACAACCGACGGUUCCAAGGGACUGGUGGGUAGAAGAUCUUUGUGAGCUUCAACUUGAUUUGUACAAGCGGGUCAUAACGACAAUUAAGUCAAAAGGAAAGAUAUCUAAUGACAUAAUUGGAGAAGCAUUACAUGCUUAUGCUCUAAGAAGACUUCCCGGUUUUAGCAAGGGUGUGAUUCAAGGUGGUGAUGUCUUGAAGUGCCGAUUAGCAGUGGAGACCAUAAUAAGGCUGUUGCCCACAGAGAAAGGCAGUGUCCCCUGCAGUUUUUUGCUCAAGUUAUUAAGGGCAACCAUUUCAUUAGAAUGUGGGGAAGCUGAAAGACAUGAUAUCAUGAGAAGAAUCAGCCAGCAUCUUGAAGAGGCUACAGUGGCAGAUCUUUUAAUUCGAUCACCAUCUGAUGAGACAACCAUUUACGAUGUUGAUAUAGUGCAAAGCCUGGUUGAAGAUUUUUCGACUCGUGAUCAUACUGCUGUGAUUGAUCCUCUUAUAGAAAAUGAGUUUUUGGAGAUUAGAAGCCCAAGAUAUAGCUCAGAAGCUUCCAAGGUUUCAGUAGCGAAACUUAUUGAUGGUUAUCUUGCUGAAAUUGCUCGCGAUCCUAACUUACCUCUGUCAAAGUUUGUAAGUCUUGCUGAAAUGGUCUCCAGCUUCUCCAGACCAUCUCAUGAUGGAAUCUAUCGUGCCAUUGACAUGUUUCUCAAGGAACACCCUGGGAUCAGCAAGAGCGAGCGAAAGAGAAUAUGCAAAUUGAUGGACUGCAGGAAGUUAUCAGCUGAGGCCUGCAUGCACGCAGUACAAAAUGAGCGGCUGCCACUUAGAAGCGUUGUUCAAGUCCUUUUCUUUGAGCAGGUUCGAGCCACUACAACAGCCGGAAACAGAACGCCAGACUUACCAGGAUCCAUCCGAGCCUUACUCCCUCCUAGUGGAUCCCAUGGAAGCUCCAGGUCAACCACCACUAACACAGAAGAGGACUGGGAUACUGUGCCAACGGCCGAGGAUAUCAAAGCCAUAAAAGGGGAACUUGCUACUCUAAGGCUAGGAACUGGGGAUCAUGGUGAAAUUGGAAGUAAGAGGAGUGGUUGUGAUGGGACCAAAAUCAUUGUUGCAGAGAGAGCUGCAUCAAAUAAGAAAGGCUUGAUCAUGUCAAAGAAACUCUUCUCUAAACUUUGGUCAAGCAAAGACCGUAGUGGCUCUGGCGAUAUCAGUAGCUCAGAAACUUCUGAGAGCCCAGGUUCUACAAAUGCAGAGGAGACUAAAUCUAGUACUCCCUCUGCCAGAAGCGGGAGGCAUUCAGUAUCAUAAUAAUAGGUUAUCUUAGAGGGCAAGGCAACUUGUGUGUUGGGAAUAUUUUGAAGUGUUAACCCUUGACAAAUAGAAGGGCUGCUGAGCCUAGUCUGGCAUUGAAGAAGAAAGAUGAGCCAGUGUAAAAUCAUCUCAUUCAAAUUGACUUUAGGGGAUUAUUUUAGAUUGUGCUGACAAGUUUAGUUGAUUUUGGGGGUAAGAAAGAAGGUUAUGUCUAUUGUUAGAGAAAGAAGUGCCCAAGAAACAGAAGAAUGUAUCUUUAUAUAUAUGAUAUAUAUAUAUAUUUAUAAGAAAAGGCCAGCCUGUAAUUGAGCUUUGUAAUGCCCCAAAGAAAAAAAAAGAUUGGUCUUUUUUUUCAGUUUUCGAAUGGAUUUUGUGAUAAUGAGCCAGUUUUGCUGUAUCAUAAUCAAAAAGGGAAUGCCAAUUUUCUUUUUGUGCG